GUCAAUCGGGUCAUUUCUUUUAUUAUCAACAACCUCUCUCACUGCUUUGACAAAGAGUAAUAAACACACCCACGGAAAUACCUUUUAAUACCACUGUAUGAUCCGUGUGUGACUGCGGUGGAUUGAUAAAAGUCAAUGAUUGAAACAAACAAAGAUUACAGCUAAAUAUGUGCAUCACCUACCCAAACCAAAAAAACCCUAAUCCUGUCCAGGGAAAUCAUUGAUUGAACUUGAUCUGACUCUAAAGAAAGCGAAAGUGCUUCAACAGAAAUAAUUUAAAUUAAAGCAAAUGCAGGAAUUUAGAUGUAGGAAACAUUGUUUUUUACAAUCAUUUCUACAUGUUUUCAUGUGCUCUGUUUGUUCUGAGGAUGUUUGGAGUUGCACAGUGUCCAAAGGAAACUUUACAUACAUUGUUAUUGUCAUUUAUUUAUUGGAUUGUGUGUAAAAAAAGAAGCUGAGGGUUAUUGGAUGUUUUAAAUCAUCUAAAGACUGUGAUUAAAAAACUAAAAGCUUUUAAAAAGUUUUUCUGCUUCUUUGUUCCAGUUUGUUUCGGUAACAUUUUCCACAUCUACCUUGACCUUGACCUAAUCAACAACAUAAAGUUAAUAUCAACUAAGGACACCCUCUUCCACAGUGUGUAUUGUAUAUAUUAUGUAAGGUAUUGGAGUAUUGAUAACAUUGUUGACUACAUCGCCUAUUUCUUAAUAUUUGCUAUUACUUGACAUAAAGUUUGGUAAAAUUUUAUUAUUGAAUUUAUCAAAUUUAAGAGGAAAGCAAUGAAAAGGUUUAAUUUGAAACCAAAAGAAUAAUUCAAAACCGAAUGUCCUUUAUUGAUUGGUUGAUUGUCAGUUGUGGAAAACUCUGAUAAGCUUCGAUGAGAUGAGACCUAGAGUCACCUCUUUGUUGUAUAACAUAUUGAUUUACUCAUUAAACUUAGUCUAAUCAUUUGCAAGGCACCAUAAAUGUGUUCACUGAGGUCCUUCAUCUCCAUGGCCACGUAUACAAUCAAUCAUUAAUGUUUAAUAGAGAAAAGAGACUGGCUAUAAGAAUCAGCUGCAGGUCCGACAGCGAUAGCAUCACCGGGGGAAACGGCAAACGGUAUGGAUGUAAGGAUGAUGUGGUGCAUGACUAAACUGGACUAAUUACGCAAGUCUUACAGAAAUACUAACCACAUUAGUUUCUGGAUGUGAAAGAGAAAUGGAGAAAGAGGAGGGAUAUUGACAUGAUGGUGCAGUAAAGGUUUUUGAUUUUCUGUCUUAGUGAUGUACAGUCAGGAUGGAGGAAGCUGAAGACGGCAUUGCAGUGGUGGGCAUUGGAUGCAACUUUCCUGGGGGAGAAGGGCUUGACAAUUUCUGGAAGGUUCUUGUGGAUGGAAGAAACUGUUCUGUGCCGAUUCCUAAAGAGAGGUUUGACCUGGCCGGCUGGUAUGACCCUGACGACAACAAAGCGGGUAAAUCCCGCACAGCCAAGGCUGCUCUCAUUGAUGGGUUCAAUGAAUUUGACCACAAGUUCUUCGGCAUCAGUGACAGUGAAGUGGAACAAAUGGACCCUCAACAAAAGCAGCUCCUUCAGUGUGUUUACAGAUCUUUGGAGGAUGCUGGGAUUCCUAUGGAGAAGGCCAGUGGGACCCGGACAGGAGUGUUUUUCGGCCUCAUGAACAGAGAUUAUGAAACAAAUGCUGCACAUGUGCACCCAAGUGUGAUCAACCACUGGACUGGCACCGGGCUCGCCAUGAGUAUAGCAGCAAACAGAGUCUCGUACAUUUUCAACUUUACUGGGCCCUCGAUGUCCAUAGACUGUGCCUGCUCAUCCUCCCUCGUGGCUCUUCAUCUCGCCUGCCAAUCCAUUAAACAAGGUGACUGCGAUAUGGCUGUUUGCGGAGGAGUCAACUGUAUCAUUGAGCCCAGAGUGUUUGUUGCUCUCAGCAAGGCCAAGAUGAUCUCACCCGAAGGGACCAGCAAACCUUUCUCCAACAGAGCAAAUGGCUACGGUCGAGGGGAAGGCUGCGGGGUUGUUCUCCUCAAGCCUCUGAAAAAGGCAAUACAAGAUCAUGACCAUAUCUGGGGUAUCGUCAGCAAAACAGCGGUCAACCAAGACGGACACAUGGUCACUCCAAUCACCAAACCCUCCAUGACGCAACAAGAGGAGCUGCUGCGAAGAAUCUACUCCGAGUCUGACCUUGCAGACGUUCAGUACAUAGAGGCACAUGGGACUGGAACCCCAGUCGGAGACCCAACGGAGGCAGGGAGCAUCUCCAACGUAAUCGCUAAAGCCAGAGCUCCUGGUUCAGAAGCACUGCGGAUCGGCUCUGUGAAAAGCAACAUCGGACAUACAGAAUCUGCAGCUGGGGUGGCCGGGCUCAUUAAGGUUCUGCUAAUGAUGAAGCACGAGACCAUUGUUCCCACUGUUUUCUACUCUGAGGAAACUGCCAGUGUCGAUGCCAAAGCCCUCAACAUCAAGGUUCCCAAGGAAGCGGAAAAGUGGGAAGCCUCCGGUGCAAGAAUCGCAGGGGUGAACAACUUUGGCUUUGGGGGAACGAAUGCGCAUGCUAUUGUCAAACAGUACAAACAGUCGCCCACAAGGCAAAAGAACAAUGAGACACAACCAAAGUACUUCGUCAUGUCGGCAAAUUCAACAAAAUCUCUCUCCCUGAUGAUGGAAGACACCGUUAAACAGCUCGAGACAGACAGUGGAAUUGAUCUAGACUCUCUGCUGUACACAUCAGCUUGCAGAAGAAGCCAUCUAAAACAUAAAUACAGAAAGGCCGUCACGGUGUCAUCUGUGGUCGAUCUUAAAGAGAAGAUAAGAGUUGCUCUGAGCAAAAAUGUCAGCCCAUCCCAGUCAGAUCCGAGAUUAGUGUUUGUGUUCUGUGGAAACGGCGUUACUUACCAUGGCAUGUGCAAGCAGCUACUACAACACGAGCCUGUGUUCAGAGAUAAAAUCAAAGAGACUGCGCAGCUUUUCCAAAGGCUGAGCGCACUGAACAUCCUGGAGACACUCGAGAGCGAGUCUGAGAGCGCUGACUUCAAGAACCCAGAGGUUGUCCAACCUUUACUCUUCGCCAUCCAGGUUGGCAUUACCACGCUACUCAGGCGAUGGGGUGUCAAGCCUGACGCAAUACUCGGACACUCUGUGGGAGAGGUUGCGGCCGCUCACUGCUCGGGCCUCCUCUCUCUUGAGGAUGCAGUGAAAGUCAUCCAUGUCCGCAGCACCCUCCAGAGCAAAGUCACCGGGGGGAAAAUGCUCGUGAUCGGCAACAUGGCGGUUUCAGAGGUAACCGCUCUUCUCCCUCGCUACUCUGGUAGAGCCUGCCUCGCUGCGUUCAACAGCCCGCAGUCUUGCACCCUCUCAGGUGACGCAGACGCAAUCAAGAGCCUCCACGAGGAGCUAAGCACCUCAGCCAACAGUCAGAACCUGUUCCUCCGUGUGCUGGAUGUCCCCGCUGCUUACCACAGCCACAUGAUGGAUGCGAUUCUGCCAGAAAUCGAGGAAACACUUGGCUCCUUACAGGUGAACGAUCUCGACACAGAGUUGUUCUCAACAGUGACAGGCAAGGAAAUCGAGCAGGAGGAUUUCUGCACAGGUGAAUACUGGGCAGGAAACAUUCGCAAACCAGUGGCGUUUGAGCAGGCGGUGAGGUCGGCAGCUAAAGGAAUGAAGAAUACGGUCUUUGUGGAGAUUGGGCCAAGAAGGGCGCUGCAGAGAAACAUCAUGGAAACUCUGGGUAACAACACAGCUGUUCUGGCCUCGGUGCAGCCAGAGAAAGAUCAUGAAACAAUGACUUCUGUCGUGUCGAAGUUGUUCGAACUGGGUGUUCAGGUAGAUUGGAACACCUUCUACAGAGGAUACAAGACAAUGCCACUGCCUUUCCCGAAAUACAAGUUUGACUGCUCAGACAGAGAUGUUAUCAUCGGCGCAGCACAGAAAAACACAGCGAGCAAUCAUCCUGUGCUCUGUCAGACAGGAAGUGAAAGCAACAUUUUCAGCUGUGAUCUGAUGUCGGACUCUUGUUUCUACCUGAGAGAGCACAAACACAACAAUAUACCCAUCAUCCCCGGCGCCUUCUAUGCGGAGCUGGGCUUAGCCGCAGUCAUGGCCACGGCCAAACCAAAGGUACCGCUCAACUCACUACAGCUCGUUGUCAAUUUUCACAGUCCAUGUGUUUUAACCCCGAAUUCGCCUGAAGUGAAGGUGCAACUGGAACAAACAGAGAAAGAAACCAGUUUCAGGGUAUUCUCCCCAUCUGCGAUGUACGCAUCAGGCACAGUCGUUUCCAAAAGAGAGAGGCUGAUUGACGAGCAGCAUAUUUCACUGAGCUCCAUCUACAAAAGAUGCAAAUCUGUCGUGAGCUUUCAGGAGUUCUACGGGUAUCUGUCUCAAGGAGGCUUCCAGUAUGGAGACGUCUUCCAGAAUAAGGCGACUGUGCACUAUGGAGAACAUCUCAAGGAGGCUUUUGCAGUCGUCUCGGUUCCGGAGGAGCUGCGGCCUCAGUUGCAUGACUACUGCAUUCAUCCUGUUGUGUUGGAUUUUCUGAUGCAGCUUCUCCCGGUUACAGUGGAGCACAUUUUUGAUGGUAGGCCGGGCUUUCCUGCCAAAAUAGGAAGUUUGACAGUGUUUGAACCUUUGCAAGAGGAGAUGAUUGUCUAUCUGAGAGCGACUGAUGUGGGCACUGAUCACUUUGAGGUUUGUGGAUGCUUUGCAGAUAGAGAGGGCAGAGUGUUGGUUGAAGUUAAGCAUGUGAUAAUGAAGUAUCUCGGCAGUCACUCUCAUGUGGUUGAGGAGUACUUCUACCACAAUGCUUUCAGUGUCGUACCUGAGAGUAUCACAUAUGCUCCUCCUCCUAAAGCCUUGGUGUUCUUUGAUCGUAUUGGGAUCUCUAAAGGCCUGCAACAAUAUUUGGACUCGAGAUCUCGUUACAUUUCAUUCACACAUGCAAAAGAUAUCUUGAGCCAUGGCUUCCCCUCUCUAUUGGCAAAACUUGAUAUCACAGAUAUCGGGAAAAACUUUGAUGAGGUCUUGUUUUUGUGGGGCAAAGAAAACCUGACUUCGCUGGCAGCCGAUGUCGUCCUGCAGAAUUUGGUAAACUGCUGUGAGAUCUUCCGCCAGAUAGUCCUUGAGCUCAAGCAAAUUCACUUCCCACACUCCAUCAGAGCAGUAACCUACUGUUCCUCUGACAUCACUUUAGACUACAUAAGUCCAGGUUUUGCUCUUGCUGGUAUGACGAGAUCAUUUGCUGCAGAGAUACCAGAUCUUUCAUUUCAGCUGAUUGAUAUAGGCACUGUCUCUGCCAAGGACAUUGCAGCUCUGUCUCAAGUCCUACAAUCGUGCCCUUGCAACAAGUACCCAGAGUUGGUGGUGAAAGAUGGACUGAUUUUGAAACCUUCCAUUGUCCGUACUCCACCCAAAAUCACUGACAGUUCAGGGGGCAGUUUUACCUCUACAAUGCCUGAGCCCUGCAUCCUUCAGACAGCCGAUGCACAUAAGAUUACUCAAGUGAGUGCCAUUCUCUUUGAUGAAGGGGCCCAGCCAAUCAGUAACGCAUACGUUGAAAUCCGGCCCAGUAAGAUAUGCGUUCAUUCAUCUGAUUACUUCCCUGUCAGUGCUUCACACCUGACAUUUGGCCAGACGCUGUACUGGAACAAACACUCGUCACAGAAUCACAAGCUGCUGGCUCUUGAUUUCAGUGGUACUGUCACAGCUGUGGGAAAAGAUGUCAAGAAACUCAAAGUGGGGGAUCACAUUGCUUCCUGUUAUCCUGUAGUGGCAGCCAACAGGGUCAGAGUACCGGAGGACGUGUGCUACAGCACCAAACGAUUCUCAUUCCUUCACAGAACACCCUGUGUUUCCUACUUUGUGCUGGCGUGGGAAAUCCUGCAUCGAGCUUUGCCCAAAGCCAAACAUCAUCUAGGAAUCAUAUCCUCUGUCCCCAACUCUGCUCUGACAAAAGUCUUGACGCUUACAUCUUGCAAAUCAGGCUGGAAUGUGGUUGUUGGAACACAGUGCAAUGGGUCUUUUGUAGAUGUCAAUCAAAUUGACGCAUUUGUCGUCCUGCCUCCAUUUGAUGAAUCUCUGUUUGGCAAAAUUUGCGAUUUUCCAGGCGUCCAACAUGUUGUCAUCGUCUGUGAAUCUCAGGCACAGGGCUCGCUUGCUCAGGAUGUGCUCCACAGUGUAAAGGAGAGUGUUCACGUGCAGACAAUUCAGAUGCCAGUCAUUUUGCAAAAAGGAUCCUUGAGAGCACAAAGGCCACACAUUCAUCACUGGCUCAAGUCCUUGAACUUGAGCACGAAAUUUGCCCUUAAAAGCUUCACCUUUCAGGGUGUGAAAUCUGACAGCAUCAAGAGCCUUCAUUUUGAGGAACCGGAAUCGUACUUCAACUCAGAGAAACUGGCUGUAGUGUCUCUGGAAAAAGAUGUCAGCGGUGCAGUGUCUGAGAUUCCACUGCUGCCAACAAAAAAAAAACUUUUCCAGAGGAGAGCAGUGUACGUAGUGGCGGGUGGUCUUUCUGGUCUGGGCUUUGAAACCGUCAAGUUCAUCUCGCAAAGAGGGGGCGAGUAUAUUGUCAUACUCUCCAGGAGCAGGCCCACACCAGAUGUGCAGCAGGAGUUACACAAUGUAGAGAACCAGUGUGGAAACUGCAUCUCUAGCAUGGAGUGCGACAUAUCCAUCUCUGAGCAGGUGCAUAAGGUUAUCAGUGUCAUUGGCCAGAAGUUCCCUGGUUGUCCAAUCAAAGGGGUAUUUCACAGCGCAGUUGUGUUGCAUGACGGACUGAUUGAAACACUGGACGGAUCCCUCUAUGAGAAAGUUCUCAAACCAAAAGUAAACGGUGCACUUAAUUUGCACCAUGCGACACGGCACUGUCAGUUAGACUUCUUUGUGUGUUACUCCUCCAUCUCCGCCUUUCUGGGAAAUGCAUCACAAACGAACUACGCAGCAGCCAACACGUUCCUCGACAUGUUCUGCCAGUACAGGCGCAAACUCGCGCUGCCAGGACAGUCCAUCAACUGGGGAGCUCUGAACCUCGGCCUCCUCCUCAACAAAGAGCAUUUCCAGCGAUUUCUAGAGGCGAAAGGGAUGAUGGUGUUGAACGUGGCUGAAAUUCAUAAAAGCUUGGAGCAGUGCCUUGUGCUCAACCGCCCCCAACAGGCCGUUUGCAGGUUUCACUUCAGGAACAUCAGGUACAACAUCCUCUCUCAAAACGCAGCCUUGACCAUGCGCCUGUCCGCCUUAGUGAAGGAGGCUUUUCAAAAAUCCAAAGACAUGGAUUCUCAAACUAAACAAGCCAAAUCUGUGUCACCGAAAGAGUACGUCGUCUCGCUCCUCACUGAGACCAUCGGCAUGGAUGAGAGUGAGCUGAAAGACGAAUCGCCUCUCUCGUCCUUAGGCAUCGACUCCAUGCAGGCCAUGACUCUGCAGAAUCUGAUCUUUCAGGAGAGAGGUGUGAAUGUGCCUUUGGUGAAACUGUUGGAUCCCAACGCCACACUAUCAACAGUGGUAGCCAUACUGAGUGAAGGAGCUGAAGGCGAAGACGCCAGUGAUAACCCAGUGAGUAGUAACCGCACUGAGGACAUAGAGGAUCUUUCAACCAGGCUGUAAAAAAUGACAAAGGCAGAUAUAAUGUAAACAGCAUCAUUAAUUUUUUAUUUUUUGUUUCAGUUCAUUUUUGUAUCGUAGUUUCACAUUGUUCUACAUUGAUAUAACCAUACACCAUUUUAUUUUACUAAUUUUUUUGGUGUUUUGUAUCACAGUUUUAUUCAUUUUGUUUACUGAUAUGUUCACAAUGAAAAUAUGAAAAACUGCCAGCAUUACAAUUAAAUGAAAAUUGUACAAUAUAUCAUAAUCAUAUAUUAUUCAAUAAUAAAUCAAUAUAUAAGUCAAUAAAUUUCAAUCUUUAAAGCUUUGUCUGUAAUUUUUCAAGUCUGUGACAGCCUUUUAUCAGCCUGUUUUGUUUUCACUCAUCUUAUUUCUAACUUUUUUUUUUUUUUUUUUAACAGCAAACUUUAAUGGACAUCAUUGUAGUUGCAAAUAUGACACCAAAUAACUUGCAUCUUGGCAACAUGUAUAAAGUUUUUGUUUUCAUUUUUGUUUCAUCAUGACACAAUAAAUCAAA